UCCCUCUCUGCUCUGAGAGAACUUUCUACUGUAGCUGCUUGAAAACACUCCAGGCCAAGAUGCCUAAAACAAUCAACGUCCGGGUGACCACCAUGGACGCAGAGCUAGAGUUCUCCUUCAAACCAAACACCACGGGGAAGCAGCUCUUUGACCAGGUGGCCAGGACCAUCGGCCUGAGGGAGAUCUGGUACUUCGGCCUGCAGUAUCUGGACAACAAAGGCUUCCAGUCCUGGCUCAAGUUUGACAAGAAGGUGACGGCCCAGGACGUGAGGAAGGAGUCCCCCCUGCUGUUCAAGUUCCGGGCCAAGUUCUACCCGGAGGAUGUGGCUGACGAGCUGAUCAAGGACGUGACCCAGAAGCUCUUCUUCCUGCAGGUGAAGGAUCUGAUCCUGGGCGACGAGAUCUACUGCCCCCCGGAGACGGCCGUGCUGCUCGCCUCCUACGCCGUCCAGGCCAAGUUCGGAGACUACAACAAGCAUGUUCACGAGCGCGGCUACCUGUCCGGAGACCGGCUGCUGCCCAAGAGGGUUCUGGACCGACACAAGAUGUCCAAGGACAAGUGGGAGGAGCGGGUGCAGACCUGGCACGACGAGCACGGCUCCAUGGUCCAAGAAGACGCGGUGCUGGAGUACCUGAAGGUCGCCCAGGACCUGGAGAUGUACGGCGUCAACUUCUUCAAGAUCAAGAACAGGAAGAGCACGGACCUGUGGCUGAGCGUGGACGCCCUGGGCCUCAACAUCUACGUGAAUGCUGACAGGCUCACUCCUAAGAUCGGUUUCGCCUGGAGCGAAAUCCGGAGCAUCUCCUCAAAAGACAAGAAGUUCAUCAUCAAGCCCAUCGACUGGAAAGCUCCGGACUUUGUGUUCUACGCGCCGCGUCUGCGUGUGAACCGCUGCAUCCUGCAGCUGUGCACGGGGAACCACGAGCUGUACAUGCGCCGCCGCAAGCCAGACACCAUCGAGGUGCAGCAGAUGAAGGCCCAGGCCAAGGAGGAGAAGCUGCAGAAGAAGAUCGAGAGAGACAAUCUGGAGGGGGAGAAGAGGAAGCAGGCGGCCAACGAGAAGAAGAAGAAGGCGGAGAUGGAGAGGGAGACGCGCGACCUGAAGAUCCGGCUGUCGCAGUAUGAGGAGACCACGAAGAACGCGAUUCCUACCCAUGAGGAGGACCCAGGUGGCGGGGGCGAUCGGUGUGUCCCCUCUGGAGAGGCUGUGCUCUGA